AUGGACUUCUUGCUGGCGCGCCCGGGUUUCCAGGACCCUGAUACCGGGGAAAUGGUCUACGUCGACUCCGCUUGCGAAAUCUUUCACAAACUCCUCGGAUUCCCAGAACAACAUGAAACAAUCCGCGGAUCCCCAAAUAAGUCUGGAAAUGUUCCUUGCACACACGUGUAUGGGCUGGGAUACCCAUACCGGAGGACAUGGCACUAUGACAACAAAAACGGAACCAAGCUUUUCUUCUGGAACGAAGCUGGCCCCGUAACAUAUAUCUAUUCUAACGGCAAGCCCAUGUUCCAAAACCCAGCUCCGAGUCUCGGGCGGCCGGUCUUCGAUGCAAAUGUGACGAUCCCCAUGGACGAGAAAAUUGGCCUACCCAAGCAUGCAAAUCAACAGGGGAUAGACUUUACGAAUGUUGAAUCGAAAUGGUCCAUAGCUUCUGCCAUGGGUGGCAUUCACGAGGUCGUGGCUGAUUCCAUUGCCCACUUCUACCCCCCGGAUUGGGGCUCGCAGCCCAUCAACACUGUGCUGAAGAUACGCAUGCCGUCGAGAUCAGGCACAAUUUUCACCUUUGAGGAUGGCAUGGUCUCUCGAUAUCCUAGAGAUACGCCGAUCCCACCCAAGCUGAAUAUCUUAUCUACCGGCCAAGUCUACAUGGGGGAGAGUGAGAUGGAUACAGAUGCAACAAGAGUCGUCGAAAAAGGAGAGAAACAAGGCGAGGAACCGAAAGCGAAGAUUAUUGAGACGGAAAAACAAGCUGUCAAGAUCGGCUGCACUUCCUGUUCCGCACAAUGA